AUGUGUCUGGUAGACAGAAGCACAAACAGGAAUUCUACAGAGGUGCAACCUGUUCUAGGACUAUUCUUGGGAACCAUCUCACUGAUUACAGUGGUUAUGAAUAUUUUGGUCCUAUAUGCUGUGAAAACAGAAAAGAAGCUACAGACAGUUGGCAAUCUUUAUAUUGUCAGUCUUUCAUGUGCAGAUGUUAUAGUUGGUGCAGCUGUGAUGCCACUAAACAUUGUAUACUUGCUGAAGGAUAAGUGGAUUUUGACUAGAGAAGCUUGCUUGUUUUGGCUAUCAAUGGAUUACGUAGCCAGCACAGCUUCUAUAUUCAGCCUUUUCAUUCUCUGUGUAGAUCGCUAUCGUUCAGUCCAACAGCCUUUAAAAUAUCUCAAGUAUAGGACCAAAACUAGAGCCUCGGUCAUGAUUUCAAUAGCUUGGUUGCUGUCUUUCCUGUGGGUGAUUCCUAUACUCGGCUGGCGUAAAUUCACAGAUCACAGUACUAUGACAAUUAAUAACAGAACUUAUGAUGAAAAAGUAUGUGAAACAGAUUUUUGUAGAACCACUUGGUUUAAAGUCUUGACAGCCACAAUCAACUUCUAUGUACCAUCAUUGCUGAUGCUGUGGUUCUAUGCAAACAUUUACAGGGCUGUCUGCAAGCAUUAUCAGCAUCGGCAGCUCAUAAAUGGAUUAUACAGAUGUAACUCUAAUAACACGAGUGUGCAUAAUGGAAAGAUUCAGGAAAUGCAAAAGAUUUGUUCCCAACGUUCAAAUAAAGACCGAGGAUUUUCUUUCAGUGCAAAUGAUAGCUUUGAGCACAACAAAAUAAGGGAAUCUAAACUUCCAUUAGGCAGCUUCGUUAAAAUUUCGAAGGAUUUUCCCAAAGGAAGUGACCAUGAAGUAAUAAAACUUAACUGUUUCCCUCUAGCUAUAAUGCAGAAAGAUUUUGAGCUAGGCAAUACAAAGGGAAAAUAUGCCUGUGUCAGUAACAGUGUUGAAAAUAUAAAAAAUCCUAUCUCCCAGUUAGGCAAAAUAUCACGUAGGCAGAAUUUUGCAGGAGGAUCAUUGCCUAGAAUUCACUCAGAUCCCUCCCUAAAACAAAAUUCUCAUCCUGAGCAACUUUUUCCUCAGAGGUAUUCUAACGGAGGAGAUCCUCUUAGUCUCCGUUACCUGAAAGAGACAUGGGGAAAGCUACGUACUCAUUCUGUUUGCCAGAGUCAAAAGCUGCACGUGAACAGGGACAGAAAGGCUGCCAAACAAUUAGGUGUCAUAAUGGCAGUUUUUAUGCUAUGUUGGAUACCAUAUUUUGUAUUGUUUAUGGUCAUGGCCUUUUGUGAAAUAUGCUAUAACCGUCCUUUUCACAUGUUUACAAUUUGGCUUGGCUAUGUGAAUUCUACAUUAAAUCCAUUUAUAUAUCCACUCUGUAAUGAACACUUCAAAAAGGCUUUCAAAAAGAUAUUUCAUAUUAAAACUUAAACUUACUGCAGAGAAAAUUAUAUUUGGGGGAGAGGGCAGAACAGCAGGUUUAUGUUGGAAAGAAAAAAAUCUGGUAUUAUUUAAAAGUCUUGUAAAAAAAAGUAAACACUGGUUUUGUGUGUCUUAAAAAAGUUGUUUUUCUGUUUCUGGUGGUUUGUGGCCUUUUUAAUGGUAGAUUUUAUUGUUUAAAACAAGAUUGAGCUAGAAUGAAAUAUACUGCUAUUUAACAUGGCUUCUAAAUGCUGACUUUUAUAUUGGAUCAUUCUAAUCAGUGUUUAGUUUACCACAGCCACUUUUCAAAUGUUUAUAUAUUGUGUUAUAGUAGUCUUUGUGUUCCUGAAUCUU